UGGGGUUGGCGUUGACCACCACAUAGUGAAAAAAAAUGAAACAAAACCAUUCUGGAAUAUUCUUCACAGUUUAAAUGCGAACUUGCAUUCGUAUUAUAGGUUCACGCCACAAUAAGUGUGUGUUUUUAAAUGUGAAGUACUUCACAUGCUACGAUGCGAGCACUUCCCUAGACCUCCCACUGAAGGGUUAAAUGGAUUUAGCAUCCACGGAGCGGUUUACGGCGGGUUAGUUAUUGUGGCGCAGCGCAGACCCUCCGGACGGCGCGCCGCAGCGGACGAGCGCUCGAGCGCAACUUCAAUACUCCGCGCUGAACGCCGUCAGCAGCACCAGCGAACGUAAACAAUGGCGGAGCGGCUGUGAACCCAGCUCGGCGGAUCCAGUUUGCCCCAUGGAUGGGCAUUUCGCGUACGUCGUCAUGGAAAACCCGACCGAGAAUCCCAGCAAGGCGGCGGAGUACCUGAAAGAGCUGAACAAAAUCAUCGAGACCCAGCAGGAGUUGUUGGAGAAGCAGAAGGUUCGGAUCGAGGAGCUGCAACAGCAAGUGUGUGAUCUGUGUCAGGAGAACGCGUGCUUGAAGGAUCAACACCAGAGGCACCUGGCCACCUGCAGACUUGUACAACAACAGGGCAACAGUCACUCCACGCUGGGUGCCAUAAAGGAGAAUGUGAUCCAAGAAAAGAGUGAAAGUGAAGGCUUGCGUAUCUCAAAUGUCAGACGGCACGCUUCUUUGCCCCUCGAUGUCACAGAUAACCCCGGCAGCUUUAUUGCUCCACUGUGUCGAAGAAGUUACCCCAGUCGCAAAUGGAAGUCCGCAUCUCUUGGUGUGGAAGGUGAGGCUCCGGGUGGUGAGGUGGGACCCUCUCUGGAGAACAGUGGUGGGUACAUACGAGGGCCGGUGACCCGCAGUGCCAUCAUUAGCGGUGAGCACUUUGACGGUCCACCGUUGUACGCUCACGAGGUACGCCAGCGUCCCCGACGACCCAAACUCCAGCAUUCCCAGUCCAUCCUUCGCAAACAGGCAGAGGAGGAGGCCAUCAAACGCUCCCGAUCACUAUCUGAGAGCUAUGAGCUCUCCACCGACCUCCAAGACAAACAGGUGGAGAUGCUGGAGCGCAAGUAUGGAGGGCGUUUUAUAACCCGACAUGCUGCACGCACAAUCCAGACUGCCUUCCGCCAAUAUCAGAUGAACAAGAACUUUGAGCGCCUCAGGAGUUCUAUGUCGGAGAACCGUAUGUCCAGACGCAUAGUUUUGUCCAAUAUGAGAAUGCAGUUUUCCUUUGAAGGACCUGAAAAAGUCCACAGUUCUUACUUUGAGGGGAAGCAGGUGUCUCUUACCGAUGACAGUUCAAAACGAGGGGCCUUGGUUCAGUCAGAGCGGGGAGAAAUAGUCCCUGCCAACCUGAAGUCCUCUACAGUCCAGAGUGAUUUCACAGACGCCAUCACAGAGCUGGAAGACGUUUUUUCUCGGCAAGUUAAGUCACUGGCAGAGUCCAUAGACGAUGCUUUAAACUGUCGCAGCCUACAUGGAGACGAGAGUCAGCCCGAGUCAAGCAGGGGUCAUGCGGACUUAGAGCAAGAGGUAACAUACCAGGUCAAACCUUCCCACAGCAGCGCUCAUCGUAAGCGAGAUGAGAUGACCGCCUCCUACAGCGAUGUGACACUUUAUAUAGAUGAAGAAGAGCUUUCCCCACCUCUUCCUUUGUCACAAUCAGUCGACAGACCUUCUAGCACAGAAUCCGACCUCCGUCUACGUUCGUUGACCUCCCCGCAGGACUAUUGGCCUCCAAGUCACAAGGACGAAAAAGGCGACACGGACACUAGCUGCCGUAGCACCCCUUCUCUAGAGUGUCAAGAGCAGAGAUUGAGGAUAGACCACCUCCCCCUCUUGACUAUUGAGCCUCCCAGCGAUAGUUCGGUUGAGCUCAGCGACCGCUCUGACCGAAGCUCGCUCAAGAGGCAGAACGCCUAUGAUCGGAAUAUCGCCAGUCAGCACGGCACCCCCAAACACUUACCUUCUCAUGCGCUCCCACCACGAGGACCCUCGAGAGACGACGACGCCCCUCGGCAUCGGGCGCGUCAAUUGGAGAGCCACCUGGCAAUAAACGGCACUGCCAACCGACAGAGCAAGUCCGAGUCUGAUUUCUCAGACGGGGAUAAUGACAGCAUAAACAGUACUUCCAAUUCCAAUGACACCAUCAACUGUAGUUCAGAGUCCUCGUCCAGGGAUAGUCUUAGAGAGCAGACUCUUAGCAAGCAAACGUAUCACAAGGAGACACGCAACAGCUGGGACUCACCCGCGUUCAGCAAUGACAUCAUUCGGAAGAGGCACUACCGCAUUGGCCUGAACCUUUUUAACAAGAAGCCAGAGAAAGGUAUUCAGUACCUAAUUGAACGAGGAUUUGUCCCAGACACACCUGUGGGUGUCGCCCAUUUCCUGUUACAGAGGAAGGGGCUGAGCCGGCAGAUGAUUGGAGAAUUCCUGGGAAACAGACAGAAGCAGUUCAACAGAGAUGUUCUUGACUGUGUGGUAGAUGAGAUGGAUUUCUCCGGAAUGGAGCUUGACGAAGCCUUGAGAAAAUUCCAGGCUCAUAUCCGGGUACAAGGAGAAGCGCAGAAGGUGGAACGGCUCAUUGAAGCCUUCAGUCAGCGCUACUGCAUAUGUAACCCGGGGGUGGUGCGUCAGUUUAGGAAUCCAGAUACCAUCUUUAUCCUGGCGUUCGCCAUUAUACUCCUCAACACGGACAUGUACAGCCCCAACGUCAAACCAGAGAGGAAGAUGAAGCUGGAAGACUUUGUUAAAAACCUUCGUGGGGUUGAUGAUGGAGAAGACAUCCCACGUGAGAUGCUUGUGGGCAUCUACGAGCGAAUCCGAAAACGAGAGCUUAAGACUAACGAAGACCACGUCUCCCAGGUGCAGAAGGUAGAGAAACUCAUCGUUGGCAAAAAACCGAUCGGGUCUCUUCACCACGGCCUUGGAUGUGUACUGUCACUGCCACAUCGCAGGUUAGUAUGUUACUGCAGGCUGUUUGAAGUGCCGGACCCCAACAAACCUCAGAAGCUGGGUCUCCACCAGAGAGAGAUCUUUCUUUUCAAUGACCUCCUUGUGGUCACCAAGAUUUUCCAGAAGAAGAAGAACUCAGUGACGUACAGCUUCAGGCAGUCCUUCUCUCUGUACGGGAUGCAGGUGCUUCUGUUUGAAAACCAGUAUUACCCCAAUGGAGUGCGUCUCACUUCUGCUCUGCCGGGCGCAGACAUUAAGGUUCUUGUUAACUUUAAUGCCCCUAACCCGCAAGACCGCAAAAAGUUUACAGAUGACCUCCGGGAGUCCAUCGCAGAGGUGCAGGAGAUGGAAAAGUACAGGAUAGAAUCUGAACUUGAGAAACAGAAAGGAGUCGUCCGGCCCAGCAUUUCCCAGAGCUCAGGUCUGAAGAAAGAAACAGGGAAUGGGAAUCUAAGCCGCACCAGUCUGGAUGACAGUUACGCCAUGGGCGAGGGUCUCAAGAGAAGCGCUCUUAGCAGCUCUUUACGUGACCUCUCAGAUGCAGGCAAACGGGGGCGCCGAAGCAGCGCAGGAUCUCUAGACAGCAAUAUGGAAGGGUCCAUUAGCAGCCCCCACAUACGGCGCCAAGCUUCUUCCAGCCGUGACGGCCCCUCCCGCCAGCAGUCCAUCCCCAACACCUCCUCUCUCCUAGGAUCCAUUUUCGGCACCAAGCGGGGCAAAUCACCCUCUCUGUCUCAACAACCGUCCCACCCCUCCCACCCGACACUCAUCUCUCACACCCCACACCCUUCCAACCUGCACCACACUGCCCGCGAUAGCGGCUCAGUCACCGAGACCCAGGCCCAGAUGCACCCGCACCACCCUCAAUUUUGUCAAAUGCAGAAUCCCCCACCCUACCACCACCACCAUCACUAUCACCCCCCGGCGCACCUUCAACACCCACCGCACCAGUUCCACCCCCCGUCUGCCUCCUCUUCAUCUCACAGCCAUUCGCACGGCUCUCACGUCCACGCGCCGCACCCUUCUCACCCAUCGCACUCCUCUCACUCCCAGCAUGCACCUCACCACCACAGCCAGCCUACGGCACCUCCUCCGGCGCCCAGCGGUACCAAGCCCAAACACAGCGGCAUCAGCACUGUGGUUUGAGCAACUCUCCAAACUCUCCUCUGGGACUUUAUUUUGGCAGGGCGCCUGGCGGCAGACCGUGGGCCUUUUUUUAGCUAGCCUACUGAAGAUUGUAAGAUGCGGAUUCUUGCUGCCUACCAGGACAUGAGCGGGGAACCAGAAUGGACUCUCUUUUAAUUCCUCCAGGCCCCAGGAGGGGGAAGCCGCACUGUGUAGCACUGGCCUUCUCUUGUGGGGCUGCUAGAACUCCAAUCAUCGCAGUCGCUCAAGCUGUAGACUCCCAAAGUUGCUGCUUUAUUUAGGCUCGAUCUAGAGACUUUCUGCCCACUUUGGACGAGAGACGGCAGUCGAGCAAGAGCAUGCGCAAGACCGUGGCAACUGUUUCCUUGUACUUCUAAAAUGCGUUAUCAAAAAGCCUGCUUAUUAGUUCGCAGAAACAUGUUUUUGCUAGAAUGUUUUUCUUUUGCCUAGAAAAGUCAUGGUUUGAGACAAGUCACGAUGGAGGUCAGUCACAAGUGGUGUUCCAGUAUUUAAUGUAGCUGUAGACCACACAUUUCUGUGAUCUAGUUAUAGGGGACUAUAAUGUGCCAAUUAUUAAAAAGCAGUGACUGAGUUAUCCAAAAAAGAUUUGCUUUAAUUGUGUAUGUUGUGCAUAUAGUAUUUUGUAAAAUAAUAAUAAUACUACUUAUCAGCUAUUAUUAUUAUCGUUAUAGAAUAAAACGGUCCCAAGGCUCAGCUCAUAUCUCAGUAUUCUCUAUAUACUCUUGAAGUAGGAGUUGCUAGUUUCCACAUAUAAUGAACUCAAUAGAUCUCAAUACAUUUAUUGGUUGCCUUUGAGGAAAAGAUUCUGGAAUGAAACUGUGGAAUGUCCAGGUCCGGGACAGCUGUGUUCACUUCACCUCCUUAGGGAUCUACGUAGCGCAAACCAAUCACAGGGAAGGGGCGGGUGGAGCGAAGGGAAAUUAGUAAGCUAUCCGAUAGAUCCUCCAUGGCAUCGACUCGACGGUCCUGGCCACUGCUGCAACAUGGUUUUAUUUUUUUAACUAUUUUUUUAGAGAUGAAUAAACAAUAUUAAUGUACAUUUGAAGAUGUUUAUGGUAAAGCCGGUUUGAUCGAGAAGGCUACUUUGGAAAAAACCAACACGUUUAGUAUAUGGGUAGUGUUUUGUUUUCCAAAAUAGUGUGAGGCUGCAGUUCAAAGCUGAUCUAAUUCCCCAUAUUUUAAAGGUUUGUUUCAAAUUUCUGCUAAGAUGUGUUUUCCUCAGCAGACUGAGUGACCCCUCUUCAUUUCACUUGAUGUGCUAUUCUUUGUAAAACUGGAGUGUUGACACAAACUGAAGUAGAUUUGAUACAUGUUCUGUUCUCGUAUGAGAAUGCCUUUCACGUGCUCAGAAACACAGCUAAUGUAAUGUAAUCUAAUGAAAUGUACUGCAAAUAAUAUGUAGCAGCGGGCUGGAUGGAUGUUUUCUCAUUCAGAACAGAUUUGGACUUGUUUUUCAUGCAUAUCCCCUUUCUCGGUUGAAUUUUUGACUUGUUUUAUAUAGAUCAAUGGCGAAGGAGCUGCGAUUCGAUGUAGUUUUGUGUCGACACUCUUUUAACUCAAGCACAGAGCUCUGAACAGCACUUGUCCUUGUAAAUAAUGACUUAAUGUACAGAAAACUGGUUCAAAUGAACGCUCUCGAUUAUGAGACCAAUGUCAGCGGUUAUGACAUUUGCUGUGCGUUAUUUCGUUCUUGUUUGUUUUUUGAUCUGUUCCUUUUUUAACUAAUCAUGUGCAAUAUGUAUGUUUCGGUUUUGUAAAUUCAGAAAUGCAACCAAGCGGUUCUUCUUGUUUUUUUGUUUGUUUUUAUUAUAUCAUAUUUCUUACACGUCUGACCCCGUAUUGUUUCUCACCUACACCUUGUUCUCCCUGGUCUUUAAACCUGCAACCUGCAGUCAGGAAUGUCACUUAAGUACUCUUGCAUGUAACGUUAUAUUGUAAAUGAAUAUUCUCUAGAUAUUGCAUAUUUCCAGAGAUAUUAUCAGUGUUACAGUAGACUGUUGUUAAAUGAGUGAUGAUAAACAUAUUAAAAUCUGUAGACUUCUCUUCAUUCAACUCUGUUCCAAUGCAAAUUCUUUAUCCUGUUUUGUACUAAAACAGUUUUAAACAGGUAACCUCGGCUUUGGCUUAUCAUAUGUUGUUUAUCUGGGGUUUAAGUUAGACAGAUAUUUUAGCAAACAAAAUAUUAGACCCGAUGUUACUAAAUACCAGUGGUAGACAUCCAUAUAACAUAUGCUUAGAGAUUAUAUAACAUAAAUAUGUGUCUAACUCAUUAUCAGGAUAGAGCUCUAUACAUCUGGCCCGUUCUUAAGAUGCAUUAAGGUCAGUUAUUUGUACAUUACAGCAUUAAACCAAAUGGAUUAUCCCAUCUCUGUGUAUGAAUGUGAUCACUCAAAGCCAUUUUAGACUAAACGUCUUAAAAUAAAUCAUUCUGCAACAUAAAAUAUCACGAAAAUGUCUUUUUAUAUGCUUUGUCCUCUUUUGUUGAAUAUUUCAUUGAUUUCAAUUCAAUGCCGUGUAUUGUAAAUGUAUUGUGGUGCUUCAGCUUUGUAGUACUGGACAGUUCAGUCAAAUCUUUGCAUGCAGCUGCCACCUUUAGCACCUUUGCUUGAAUUGUGAGAUAAUUUAAAACAAAAACGUGUGCUUUCUUUUAAUAAUCUGUUCUCUUUCAUCUUUUGUUUGUUUGGUUUUAUUAUUUCGGCUUGCUGUUAUGUUUAUGCUGUGCCACUGCACCUAAGCAUGUAAGUCAAUUGUUUACCCUUUCCUAAAAAAUCAUUACACUUUUGGUUUCUGUAACAAUGCCUGUGUCGCUGUAUAUAUCAAAAAGAAAAUAGAAAAAAUGCAUAUCUAUAGAGAUCUAACCUGUAUGACAAAGGGAACGUUUAAGGGGGGUUUUGGGUUGACCUGUAAAUAAUCUGUCAAAUAUUUUUUGUUUGUGGUCAGCCUUUACAUUGCUGGUGUAGUGUUUUUCCAUCCAUUCAGACGACACUGCUUCUGCUACCAGAUGUAGCCUGCUUCAAGAAUUUGUCUUUAAUAAGUCGACUGUUACAUGACUCACAGCAUCAUUCACGUGCAUCCACGGAUACAAUCUCAUGUUUUUAAAAUGACCAAACAUGGAGAGGAGACACUAUGGUUUUAAUAUGCAUUCUGUUUCUAAGUAGAUGGCGAGACCCUAUUGAUGUUUAACUGUGACCAUGUUCGGAACAUGAAAUAAAACGAUAUACUGUAAUAUU